UGCUGAGACUGAAUUGUGACAAUGCCUCGCCCAGGCAGAAACACUUACAGCGACCAAAAACCACCUUAUUCCUACAUCUCUCUGACUGCCAUGGCCAUCCAGAGCUCCCCAGAGAAGAUGCUUCCUCUGAGCGAGAUCUAUAAGUUCAUCAUGGAUCGCUUCCCUUACUACAGGGAGAACACGCAGAGGUGGCAAAACUCUCUCAGACACAACCUUUCGUUCAACGACUGUUUUAUCAAGAUCCCUCGCAGACCGGACCAGCCGGGCAAAGGCAGCUUCUGGGCUCUCCAUCCCAACUGCGGGGACAUGUUCGAGAACGGCAGCUUCCUGAGACGUCGCAAGCGAUUCAAAGUGCUCAAAGCCGACCACUUGGCCGUCAGUAAGCCGUCAGAAGCCGCUCAGUACCUCCAACAGCAGGCGAAGCUCAGGCUGAGCGCCUUGGCCGCCUCGGGAACCCACUUGCCUCAGUUGCCCACCUAUAACAUGGGUGUCUCUCAGAGCUCCAGCUUCAAACACCCCUUCGCCAUCGAGAACAUUAUCGCCAGAGAGUACAAAAAUGUCAUGACCAGCGGACUGGCUUUUUCUACCGUGCAGCCUAUGCCCGGCGGCUACCCCAUGCACAACCAAUUGAACACAGUUGGCAGCUCUAUUGGUACAGCCUGGCCUCACAUGUACAGUAUGGACACGGGCCCCCCCAUCUCCGUGGCCGGAGGCGAUUACAGUGCUUACGGCGUCCCUCUCAAGCCCCUGUGCCACGGGGGGCAGACUCUACCGGCCAUCCCGGUGCCCAUCAAACCCACCCUGGCCAGCGUGCCCGCGUUGUCGUCUUUAACUGCGCCCAUAUCGGCUCUCCUCUCCAACAACCCCUCGGCUCUGAGUCCAACCUCUCCGCAGACAGCCACCAGCCCCAUCCCGAGUGAGACUUUAACAAACCCUGGCGCUGCGUUGCAGUCGGUGGCCGUUCACUGACAUUUAUU